AUGAACGUUCCCGGUUACUUAAAAAUUUCUGACUUGUUACGUCAAAAUGAAGUAAAGGAAAAGGGUAAAGGAAAAGCCAAUACGGCUAAUCUUGCAACACUUUUGUUAAAGCACGCAAAUAAAGUUCAAGAAGAAUGGAAGACAAAUUUGUCGAAUUUCAAAGAAAUUCUUCAAAAAAGUCGAAGUAUUCAAAACGAAUUUCGAGAUGAUGAAUUAUUGGAAGAUGAAUAUGGAUCUGAUCUUGUAUAUAACAACCUUCCAUCUACAUAUUACUAUGAUGACUAUUCCGAUAGUGAUUCUGGUACACAUGAUGAAGAUCUCGACUUUGACCUGGAUAAAAAUGUGUCAUAUGACAAGGAAUGGUUACUAGGACAAUGUCGAUUACAUAUUGCCUCAUUCUGUGAUGCAGAUGGAGCGAUAACUCCCGAAAGGUUAUGUACUAGCAUUUUUACAUUACUAAGGUCAGAUAUGGGAGAUGACGAUAUUCAAACAGAAUUGGUCGAUCUCAUUGGCUUUGAUAACCUAAAUUUUGUUAUUACACUGGUAACUAAACGGUUGACAAUCCUUGAAAAUAUUAUUAGUAAAUCACUAUUAGUAGAAACCCCACCAAAGAAAUCCUCUAUUACUAUAAUUAAAGAUAAACAUCAAUCAGAUAAUAAAAGGAUAUCAAAGCGUUCAUGGAGGGAGCAGAAAAAGAACAGCAAAAAAAAAAGCACAGAGGAAGAAGAUUUGAACUCUGCAAAUAUUUUAGGGUUUAGUGCUGACAAAUUACGAGCCAUUCGGGAACAAGCAUUGCGUACCUUUACUCCAUCCGAAAAUUAUAAACACGUCUUCGCCCAUACGAAUCACGUAAUUUCCGUGUUUGGAACCACAUAUUCUCUGCCAGUUGGCACUAUACGUAAAGAUUUUGAUGAUCACGAAGAAAUUAUCAUUCCAAUUACUAGGCGAGCUCCACAGAUAGAAAAUGAAAGACUAAUUCAUCUGAAUGAAAUCGAUAAUCUUUGUAGAGGUUCGUUUAAGGCAAGUUAUAAAACAUUGAAUCGUGUACAAUCACUUGUUUACCCUGUUGCAUAUAAAAAAAAUGAAAAUUUAUUAAUUUGUGCCCCUACCGGAGCGGGAAAGACAGAUAUAGCCAUUCUUACAAUACUACGUACGAUAAAGUGCUAUUGCUUUCCGGAACCGUUGGUCCAACAGGAGCCUCAAGAGUUUAUAAUAUAUCGAGAUGAUUUUAAAAUCGUGUAUAUUGUUCCUAUGAAAGCUCUAGCUGCCGAAAUUGUAAAAAAUCUCGGGGAUCGAUUAAAGUGGCUUGAUGUGCAAGUUAGAGAACUUACAGGAAACAUGCAUCUGACUAAGUCUGAAAUUUUAAAUACACAAAUCAUUGUUACAACCCCCGAAAUAUGGGAUGUAAUUACAAGAAAAAGCAUCGGAGACGUCGAGCUUUCUCAAAAAGUGAGACUUCUUAUUAUUGAUGAAAUUCAUUUAUUACUUGAGGAUCGAGGUGCAGUUCUGGAAAGUUUAAUCGCACGUACCCGUCGUCAGAUUGAAUCUAGUCAAAAAAUGAUCCGUAUUGUAGGCCUUUCCGCUACGUUACCCAAUUAUAUUGAUGUAGCUCGAUUUUUAGGAGUUGACCUAAAAAAUGGUGCCGAGGGAUUAUUUUAUUUUGACGGUGGUUUUAGAACUGUACCGUUAGAACAACAUUUUAUUGGUGUCGAGGGUAAGCCUGGCUCAAUUAUUUCUAAUAAUAACCUCAAUAUUAUUUGCUGGAAGAAAGUCUUGGAUCUCGUCAGAGAAAAACAUCAAGUGAUGAUUUUUGUUCAUUCACGUAAAGAUACCGUUAAAACGGCAAAGGUACUACAUGAGUUUGCAUACGAAUAUGGAUGUUCAGAUUUAUUUGAUGUGUCUACUCUUGAAGGGUAUAAUCUUAGAAA